CUCGCGAGAGAAGAGGGACCAGCGCUCCAGCCGCCCGGUUGCGGGGAGAGGUUUUCUCCGCUUCCUUUGACACCGGUCGUCGCCGCUGCCCUGCGCCUCACCAAGGCCCAAGGUUCUGCAUGCGCGGAUUCAACCAACCACGGAUCGGGAAAACCUGGAAGUUCUCUCUCCAGCACUCGUUAUUUGAGCAUGUUGAUCAUUCGGAUCUCAGUUUGAGGCAAAGACGAUAUAUCAUUGGAUUGUAACCAUGCCACCUAAGUUUAAACGACACUUGGAUGAUGAUGAUGUGACAGGUUCUAUAAGAAGUGAAAGGCGGAACCUGUUAGAAGAUGACUCUGAUGAAGAAGAAGACUUUUUCCUAAGGGGGCCUACUGGACCUAAAUUUGGACCAAAGAAUGACAAGAUUAAACAUGUUCAGAAUCAAGUUGACGAGGUUAUUGAUGUGAUGCAGGAGAAUAUCACCCGAGUGAUUGAACGAGGAGAGCGGCUUGAUGAACUACAAGAUAAAUCUGAAAGUUUAUCUGAUAAUGCCACAGUUUUCAGCAACAGAGCAAAGCAGUUGAGACGUCAGAUGUGGUGGAGAGAGUGUAAGAUGAAGGCCAUCAUAUCAGUGGUUGUCGUAAUUGUCUUGUUAGUUAUCAUCAUACCUGUAAUUUUGAAGAAUCGCUCAUGAUGAGACAUGCACAGUGAUAAUGCAGGAAUGUUACUGCCUCAGUCUCUAGAAACUAUUGGAGAUACAUGUAUAAUAUCUCGGUUAUAGUUCUAUCCAUUUUGUACAGAAGAAAUCUGCACUCAUGAGCACUCAACACAAUGACUCCCUUCUGGAAUAGGGGACCAAUGCAUUACUUAACCACUAUCGACAGGAAGGCUAGUUGAUUUCCUUUUAAGUAUAUUGCUUCAUUACCAUGAAAGAUUUUUUAAAACCAUUGCAGAUAAUUUGAUUCUAGUGAAAUGUGGUAUCUGAACAAGUUAAUUGUUAUCUAGCUUUCCCCAGUUUUCUUGUGAGAAACACCUCACAUUUGGGUACACAAGUCUAAUCAAUGAAAGCUGAUGUGCUUUUGCACAAUGAAGAGCAUCUCAAGAAAACCCACUCCCUUUCACAGAUGCGUAAAUAUAAGGUUACUCCAGCAAGGUCAAUAGAAAGGGGUCAGAUGUAAGUACCUAAGCUAAUUUCCCCCUCCUUUCAUGGCUCAUGUGAUACUGAGCCUAUUUACAUCUUAUUUUCCAUCAAGGCUGAAAUCUACCAACCCUGCAUAAUCAUGGCGUUGAGCACAGUCUUUCAGUGGGGUUUACUACUGCACCAGAAGGUGCAAUAAUUGACCAAACCAUUAAAUACAUAAUUGACAUUUGUACUGAGGUGGAGGAGGACUGAGUGAAUUCCACAAUGAAGUAAAGAUCAAUUCAUAGACUCCUGUUUCUGAGCAGAAUUUUUCAGUUGUGUGAUAUUUGUUAAAUUACUUAAAGUUGUUGAUAAUAAAUUAUAUGCAAUGCUAUUUUUGACCAUGCCAAACUGUUGUUUUACUUUGAAUAUUCUUUGUUGUGUACAUUUUAAGAUGUGUUUUGCUUCAGAAUUUUGGAUUUAUUUGAUUGUAAAAAUUAUUUUGUAAUAAAAUCAGUAAUAACCAGUAGAUCAUCCAGAUUGCCACUUGCACAUGAUGUUUGGUGACUGGAUUCACUUGAUCCUUGUUGCGUGAGAUGGACUUUUUUAUUCUUAUACCUCAGGAGUAAAUUAUCUCUGACCGUGCACUGAGUCAGGUGCAGUAUGACUAUCCCCGUGGAAAGUUACUUUUUUUAACAUAAAACAACUUGCUAUCCUGUUUUCAAAAGGGAAAAUUUGACUCCUACAUUCUCAAUCCUUACCAUUUGUUACGGAGCUAAUUGCAUGUAUCGAAGUGGAGGCCUGUUGUUCUUUAGGGUAUAGUUGGAAAACGUAACUCAGGCUGAGAAAUACCCCCAUAUAAUACUGUGUGCAGUUUAAUGGGGUGACAAAACUGGAUAGUACAUCAAAUUGUAUGUUUAUUUGUUAAGCUAUUUUCUUAGUGCUUCAGUUAUUUUUUUUAAACCGUUGUUUCUUUAUCUGACUGCCAUUUAAAAGUGGUAAUGUAUGAUGUUUGUAGCUUCUUUUUCUAACGUGUUUAAUUAGGCCUGGGAAAAUGUAUCAUCUGGUAGAUAAUAGGAUUUUUUGUAGGCUAGCCGCAUGUCUCAGUGUUAUAGUGUUAAAACCAGCUUUUGACCUGGAUGGAAUCUUAAAUUUACCCGAAGCUACAGUUAUUGACUGUAGAAAUGUAUAAGUAGGUAGAAUCAUCUGGUUUGCCCGUUUAAACUAUGGCAUCAAGAAUCCAGCCCACAUAACAAAAUAAACAUCAAGAUCCAGCAACGGAUCAGUGUGUGGUAAGCUUUGGAAGCAUCAAAAUGAUGCGCAAACAUUUUUGAUCCAUAAAUAAAUGGUGUAUUCUCCAUUUGGCUGUAAAUUAAACUUGUUCUAUAGAUGGGCUUAUGCCUGACUUAUCUUUGCUACCUCUAUAGCCAAGUUUGAAUUUAUUUAUCUUAAUGCACAGCGUUUUUCUAAAAGAGGAAGAGUUCUUCUAAAAGUAGUUUGAGUUGAAGAAAGCAGUGAGAACUUUUACCUUAUUAAGCUCUCUAUAAAGUGCCCGCAAAGAAUGAAACAAUGUUUUAAAAAUGUCAACUUUUCUAAUCGUGUUUCCCAGUGCAAUUUGUAAAUGAGGUGUGUGUGUGUUUGUGUUAAAAUGCAUUCAGCUUUCAUAAAGAAAGCUACUUCUUAUUGUUCCAGAAAAGUCAUUCAUGUCUUCAUUGUUAAGCCAAAGGAUAAACAUAAGUUGAAUGAAUAUCACAGCUCCAAUCACAUACACCUUGCAAGACGUAAAGCAAAUGUCGAGUGUGGCAAAACAACUUUAAAAUGGUAUGCUGUGAUUGGCUUGGUAAUGAUCCACUGCGUUCACAUAUAGAGUAAACUGAAAGCAGGUCCCCUGUCAUUCUCCAUGAGCAAAUAGCUCAGAAUUAUAGAAAUGUUAUGAGCAUUGUAAUUAUUUAGAAGCCAUGAUGACACCCUGGGAAUGUAGAAGCAGUUAGUCCCAAAACAAUUAUUGUGAUUAAAACGUAUGCCUUCCCACAUCAUUGCACUUUAUAACUCCUAGUAAGAGAAAGAGAUCUGCAGCAAUAUUAAACGUUUUAGUCUUUUUUCAGUAAUCUUCACAGGUGUGCUUGGUUUUUGCUGUUUGUUUCCAUGAGUAUUACUGAAGGUUAAUCUUUGUACUAACUGAAUGAAAAUGCAGUUUCAUCUGGAUAAACAAAAAUAUUAGUAUGUAGUACUGAGCGAGUUUCUAAAUCUGAUGGGAGCAAGGGAUUCUGGGAUUGGUUAGGGUAGAUCGCUGCGGGAGGAGUAUGGGAUAAGUGGCAGAGAAGGUGUGCCAGGGUAGGGGGUUGGCGCAGGUUCCAGAAGCACGCAGCCUGAGACGCCAGGCAAGGACAUUUGAUUCCAAACAAUUGGUUUAUUAAUCAUUACAGAAUGCCUCUCUGGUGCUUCCUGUUCCCUCCCCUCUCCCUGCCCCCUUCCUGCUCUCAGUCCACAAUAGAGACCUCUCAGAAUCAGGUUUAUCAUCACUCACAUGUCAUAAAUUUGUUUUUUGUUUGCAGCAGUAGUACAAUGCAAUACAUAAAGUUACUACAGUGCUGUGCAAAAGCCUUGGGUGCCCUAGCUAUACACUAUGUAUAUGCCUAAGACUUUCGCACAGUAUCUUAUAAAACUGAAAAAGUAUAACUUUUUUUAAAUGUGGAAAUUUUAUUUAAACCAAAUACAAAUAUAUUUUCUAAAGUAAUCAAAUGCUAUAUAGUCUCUAAAAAAAAUAUUCCCCACCUGUGAUUUUACACUUUCAUUGAAUACACUGUGAAUAUGCAUUGUCACUUCAUUGUGGAUAGAGUCAUAGAGUAAUGCAUGAAUAUAACAAGCCCUUUGGCCCAGUGAGUCCAUGCUGACCAUGGUCUCCCCCCACCCCAGCUAUUCCCAAUUUCUGUGUUGGCCCCCUCAGCCUAAAUCUAUGCCCCCUAGUUUUAGGCUCCCCUACCUUGGGGAAUAAACUAUUACUAUCCACCUUAUUAAUGUCCCUUUAAGUUAUAACAUUUCUAUAAGGUUGCCCCCUCAUUCUCCUAUGUUCCAAGGAACAAAUACCUAGACUGUCCAGCCCCUCCCUAUAACUCAAGCCCUGUAGCAAUGCAACAUAUUCAAAUCUUUUUUGCACUCUUUCCAGUUUAACCAUGUAUGUACCAAAACUGCACGUAGUACUUCAAGAGCAGCUUUACCAAUGACUUGUACAACUGCAACAUAAUUUCCCAAUUCCUAUACUAAUGUCUCAAAUAAUGAAAGCCAGUCUGCUAAAUGCCUUUUUCAUCAGUCUGAAAAGCUUUAAUGGCAAUUUCAAUUAACUAUGUGCUUGUACUCGUAAUUCCUGUUUUAUUACACCACUUAAUGACCAGCCAUUUGUAAUAUAAGUCCUACAUUGGUUUGACUUUCCACAUUCAUCUGUAUUCCGUAUUGUAAUCCUUUCCCCUCCAAAAUACAACUUUGUAUGUACUCUUACCCUCAUCAAUCUUCUUGGUUACUUUUUGAAAAUAAGGUUCAUUAAGCACAACUUCCCACACACAAAGCCACCUAAUAAGACUCCUCCAAAUCAGACUCUGUUCAUCUAAAAGCUGAUAGACACUGCCCCUUAGAAUUCCCUCCAGUAACUUUACCGCUACUGAAGUCAGGCUGACUGGUCUAUAAUUCACUAGCAUGUCUUGCUGCUGUUUUUAAACAGUUGAACAACAUUUGCCGCCUUUCAGUCUUUGGGAACUUCAUCAGUAGCUAACAGUAACACAAACAUCUCUGCAAGGGCUUUCCACGUGUCCUUCUCCAGCCUUGCAUAAAGUCUGAGGAUGCAUUUGGUCUGGCCUAAGGGAUUUAUCCACAUUCAUAUGCUACCAGGCUACAAAUACCUCCUCCAUCGGAUAUAAAUGUCCUCCAAAACAUCUCUAUUUGUUUCAGCUAUCUCUUGAACAACCAUGAUUUUCUUCUUAGCAAAAAAAGAGGAAAAAAAUGUUCAUUUAAAAAUCCCAUCAACUUCUACAGCUCAAGGCCCUGCUUAUCUUAAUAUAGCUAGAGAACCUUUCUGGAUUUUCCUUGACCUUUCCUGCCUGAUGCAUCUCGUGGCCUCUCUUUGCCCUCAUGAUUUCCACUGUAAGUGUAUUAGAACAUAGAACAGUACAGCCCCUUUAGUCCACAAUAUAACCUACUCCAAGAUCAAUCUAACCCUUCCCUCCCACAUAGCUCUCCAUUUUUUUCAUCCAUGUGCCUAUCUAAGAGUCUCUGAAGAGUAUUCUUAAUCUUUUUAUAGUCAAGGGGUUUGCUUGAUCUUGCCCUUCUAAAAUUUAAUGAAAUCUUCCUUUAUUUUUGAAUGUAAUCUUUUGUCAACCAAGGUUCCCCAAACUUGCCAGAUUUGCCCUUCAGACCAAUGGGAAGAUGUUGAUCCCAGAUUGUCUUAAAAGCCUCUGACAUGCUAUCCACUCCUUCCCCUUCAAACAGUCUCAACUACUUGACCUCCGGUACCUGCCAAAUUUCCCCAAGAUUAACCCUUCCAAUUUAGAACCCCAACUGAUGGUCCUGUCCUAUCUUUUUGAACCACUACCUUAAAACUGAUAGAAUUAUGGUCACUACAGCCAAAGUGCUACCUGACUGCCAAUUCAGUUACUUGCCCCUAGAAUACUCUCCUUAGUAGAGGCCUAACACUUGUAACACAGUUAACAAUGGGAAAUUAAAGUCUCCCAGUAAUAUUGUAACAUUAUGCAAUUUCUCUACACAUUUGCUCCUCAAUUUCCCAUUGACUGUUGGGGAGUGUCUAUAAUACAGCAUCAUCAGUGAAGAAGGACCCUCCCUUUCUUGUUUCUAAGUUCUAUCCAUAUGGACAAUCUCCCAAGAAUGACAUCUCCAAGUGCAGCUGUUACUUCCUCCCUUGUCAACCGGGCAACCCCCCACCUCCUCACUUGCCUGUACCUCUGUCGUGCCUUUAGCAUCUGUAUCCUGGAGUAUCGAGCUGCCAGACGUGCCCUACUCGCAGUCAUGUUUCUGUAACAUCUCAGUUCUCAGAGCAAAUUUGCAUUCUGAGUUUGUCUUUCUUACCUGUUAAACCUCGAGUAUUGAAAUCAGUUUAGCUAAGUAUUCUUUUGUCUAGUAUUUCCUGGUUAUCCUGAUUACUAGACUUACUCUCACUACCUCUUGCUUUAUCCCGUGACUUCAUCCUACUCAGAGCCCCACCUCCUGCAAAUCUAGUUUAAAUCCUCCUGUGUAGCACUAGCAAAAUUCCUUGCAAGGAUAUUGAUCCCUCUCUGGUUCAACUGUAACCUGUCUUGUCCCUCUUGUACAGGUUGCCUCUACCUCGAUCCUAAUAUCCAAGAGUCUAAAUCCCUGAACCAGCUCCUCAGCCACAAAUUCACCGGGCCUCUCUACUUCUGAUCUCGGUAGCAUGUGGCACUGAGUGAUCUGGGGAUCACUAGCCUUGGAGUCCUGCUUCUUAACUUCUUACCUAACUCAAUAAUUCUACAGGAUCUCAUGCAGAAACAUCCCUGGCACCCAGGAGGCAACAGUCAAAUUGGUGUCUUUUCUGCAGUCACAGGAACUCUUGUCUAUCCUCUCACUCCCGCCCAUCCCCCAUAUCAAGUCUACAAUCACUAUCAUCUGUCAACAGCCUUCCCUUCUCAGCCUCAGAGCUGUCCCAGAGAUUGGACUGAUGCUGUGGAAAAAACAUCCCCUCAACUGUAUCUUGGUAUACCUGUUAAGGGAAUGGUCACAGCAGAAGCCUGUACUGACUGCUUAUUCCCCUUAACUUUUCUGAAGCCAGUUCUUUGGGGGUAACCAUCUCAGUAAAAGUCUAAUUUAAGUAUUUCUCAGCUUCCCAGAUGUUCCUGAGUACCUCCAGCUCCAGUUCCUCAAUCUGGUCUGUCAAUAGUUAGAGCUAUUAUAUUUAAAACCUUUUUAGCCACUAACACUAGAUAAAUGGAGGAGAAACAGUAUGAUUCUUUUCCUAAUUUUCUCCUUAAUUAUGUUUCAAAACAUUCUGUUACCAUGUUAGUGUUCAUGAAGUUUGUCUGUUUUUAUCAGCUGUAGGUUGAAGGAUUGCAAGAUGAAUUUUGUUCAUUUCCGAUUGAACAAUGAGUUAGAACAAACCCAAAUGGAAGUGGGUUUCAUGCAUAAUUGCAAUCAGAGCAGCCUAAUUUAGGUACUUAAAAAAAAAAUAUUUGAACCCAGAAUCUUACAUACAACGUGCAAUUAAUUGCAGCCGUUUCUCAAUUGCUGUAUAGAGAAACCUUAAUUUUUGGCAUGCCUGUAUGUUCACAACUUCUUUGUAACUUUCUUCCUCCCUCCCUGUUCUUCAUUCCCCACAUUGUUGCUUAAUACCGUGGAUAAUCCCAUAGGCAAGAGAACAGAUGGGUACUGUGUCUGGUGUUUGACAGUGUCUUUUUGAGCAUGAUUUUUUUUUGUGAGAUGGGCCUAUUCUUAAUGGUUUUCCUUCUGCUCUUUCCUCUUAAUUUGCAUCUGUGUUAGUUCUUCACCUUUGACAACUGUCUGGGUUACCAUAAGCAUAAACUUGUACAGAUCAUAGGGCAGGUUGCUGUCAGUAGUUGAAUUUUUUGACAAUUAUUAGGCUGCAAGGUAUAAUGACACAUUUUCACCAUUAUUUAAAUUCACUAGCGGUGGUAUAGUGAAGAAAAUAUUUUUUAACAUUGGGGGGAAAGGACUUGAAUAGAAACAUAGAAAACCUACAGCACAAUACAAGCCCUUCGGCCCACAAAGUUGUGCCGAACAUGUCCUUACCUUAGAACUACCUAGGCUUACUCAUAGCCCUCUAUGAGCUAUGAGUAUUUUCUAAGCUCCAUGUAUCCAUCCAGGAGUCUCUUAAAAGACCCUAUCAUUUAAUAUUAAGGGAUUUUGCUUUCUUGAGUUUUAAUUUGUGUUGUAACUGUGUUUUAGUGUCAAUUUUCAUCAGUAUAUCUGCAUUGUACAAGCUGACAUUAACUUGCUGUUUAUAAUUGAGUGAGAACAAGGAUAAUUCAACAGCAUGGCAAGAACUAUCAAGUCUUACCUUGAUUUCCAAGUAAAAUAUUAAAUACUUAAGCAUCUGAAUUUUUUUAUAAUAUAAUGUGAUUUGAUUGUUUUGAAUCGUUCUGAAAAUUGUACUGAGAUCCAUGAAAAUAAAAGGUUAU